CGGCGUUCGCGUCUGUCGCGGAGCAGGCAGCCGCGGAGCUCUCGGACAUCGUGCUGGAUUCCUUCGUGGAGGUUUAUUUGCAGCACAGCUGUAGUGCGGAUGCAAUAACAAGUCCUCGCGGGUUCUACUUGGAUGAACGGCCGCAGGAGGAGGAGCGGCAGACUGUCUCGGGUGAGGGCGACGCGGGACGAGCCACCGGAAGUGGAAUCAACAAAGAACUGAGAAGCGACCAACUCGUUCUCACGCCCGAAGACAGAAACAUUCUGGUUCCGGAGGUGGAGUAUCAGCUUAAGUUGCUGCUCGUGCGCAACCGGCCGCUGCUGGAUUCGGUUGUAGAAACUGCAGCGCACUGGCAGGGCAAUCAGAAGCGGUUUGACCAAAUCCCUGCGACCAAGGUGGAAGAAGCCUGCGUGCGUUUGUUGCGGUACUACAACUCAAAGGGGUCCUCGUACGAUGCCAAUAGUAACGGCGGAAGUUGUCUUCAUCGCGCAGGACGAGCGCCGCACACCGACCCUGUUUGUAAUCAAAAAGGUCCUCCGGGGGAUGAUGUUGCAGUUGUCAGGAGUAAGAAGGAAGAUGUGUCUGCUCCUUCGUCGCGUGUGAAUCAGCAGUCCACGACGACGACCUCACCGAGGCUGACCUCCUUGAUGUCGUUGUCAUCACCAGGAGCGUGUCCGAGGGUGAGACCCUCGGCGGCAGGAACGUUCUCUCCCUCAUCUCCGUUUCCGCGCCACACACGCAUGCAAGGAAGACAUCUGUACGCGACAGGAGCAACCUUAGCGGCCUCUCCAUCCGUAGUAGUACAAGCACGGAACAAACACAGCCCCGUAGUCGCGCCGCCGUACGCAGGCGACGCAGGUGCC